AUAUUGUGUCCGUAUCAUGUCAUCUGAAGUAAUCAAGUCAGUCGCCACCAUACAGCGCGCUGAGUCGCACGCGCCUUGUGUUGUGUAGUGUAUUAUGUUUUAAACUAUUUGGAGUCAUGUCAAAACUCAAGACGAUGUUGAAAAUCGGCGGCGGUGCUGUGCUGAUCGCAGCGAUAGUGGCUGUGUUCGUGGUGGCCACACAAGGGAGAGACCCGGACCUGGAAGCUUCAGAGCAUGAGGGAAGAGAAUAUAUCUUACAACUGGACAAAGCUGCUGGUGAGAGGAGGAAUAGAGCCACCAAAGUUGAAUGGGCGUACACGUCUAAUAUAACUAAGGAAAAUGAAGAACAGAAGAUUCAAACCCAACUAGAGAUCUCAAAGCUAGAGAAGUUAGCAUGGGAAGAAACGAAGAUGUACAAGUGGCAGGACUUCCAAGAUGUGACAUUGAGAAGAAUGUUCAAGAAGUACAGUCAGCUAGGAGUUGCAGCGUUGCCUGACGAUAAAUACAAGAUGCUGAUGAAGUCCGUUUCUGAUAUGGAGUCGAACUAUGCGACGUCGAAGAUCUGCUCGUACAAGGAUGCUACUAAGUGUGAUUUGUCGUUGGAACCGGACAUAACAGAAAUCUUCGCGAAGAGCCAGAACGUUUCCGAGUUGGAAUACACCUGGGUGGAAUGGCACAAGGCGGCCGGCGCCCGCGCAAAGGAUAACUUCACUCAAUACGUGAGGCUGAGCAACGACGCUGCUAAACUCAAUGGUUACAAAGACGUAGCGGAAUGGUGGCAGUCCGACUACGAGGUGAACGACUUCGAAGUCCAGCUGGAGAAGCUGUGGAACGACGUGAAGCCCCUCUACCAGCAGCUGCACGCGUACGUCAGGAAACAGUUGAGGGACAAGUAUGGCCCUGAGGUGGUCUCUGCCAAGGGACCUAUUCCGGCGCAUCUGUUGGGUAAUAUGUGGGCUCAAACCUGGAACAACAUAGAAUCAUUUACACGCCCGUACCCAGAUAAGAAAGAAAUAGACGUCACACAAGCAAUGAAGGAUCAGAACUACACAGCACUCAAAAUGUUCCAAAUGUCAGACAGUUUCUUCAGGUCUUUGAAACUUACUCCAAUGCCUGAGAAAUUCUGGAAGAAUUCUAUAAUAGAGAAGCCUACUGAUAGGGAUAUCGUUUGCCAUGCUUCGGCUUGGGACUUUUAUGACGGUGAAGAUUUCAGGAUCAAGCAGUGCACAACAGUAGAUUACGAAUAUUUCCAAACAACACACCACGAAAUGGGUCACAUUCAGUACUUUCUUCAAUACAAACAUCAACCGGUCGUAUUUCGUGACGGAGCUAACCCAGGUUUCCACGAAGCUGUGGGCGACACGAUAGCCCUGUCGGUGUCUUCACCGAAACACUUGAGAAGCGUCGGACUUAUCAACAAGAACGACACAGAAGAUGAGCAGACGGAGAUUAAUCAGCUUUAUAAAAUGAGUAUAGACAAAGUAGUCUUCCUACCCUUCGCUUACACCCUUGACCUGUUCCGCUACGGGGUCUUCCGCGGAACCACCACCCCUGAGAACUACAACUGCCACUACUGGAGGUUGAGAGAGAGGUUGCAAGGUGUGGAGCCUCCAGUCACAAGAACUGAAGAGGACUUUGAUGCAGCUGCCAAGUAUCAUGUGUCUGCUGAUGUUGAGUAUGCUAGGUAUUUCGUGUCCUUCAUUAUCCAGUUCCAAUUCCACCGAGCGCUGUGCGAGCUCGCAGGAGAAUACUCGGCCACGAAGAAACUAGUCGACUGUGAUAUUGUAGACAGCGUCGCUGCUGGAAACGCACUAUCAAACAUGCUCAAAAUGGGUUCAUCGCACCCGUGGCCCGACGCGAUGGAGGCGCUCACGGGCCAGCGAGAAAUGAAGGCGGACGGUCUCCUGGAGUACUUCAAGCCGCUCCACGAGUGGCUGCAGAAAGAGAACCAGAGGACCGGCGAGUACGUCGGUUGGGAGUCUAGCAAGAUUCAAUACUGCACUGCAGAACAACAGGCAGCGAUACAGUCUGAGCAGAAGGAAGAGCACAGCACAAUGAUAAAAUUUUCCUUCUAGAUGAUCCUUAAAAUACUAGGCGAGCUAGCUCUAGUCGGGGCUAUAGCCUCCGUCUUCAUAGUAGCAGCCCAGGGUUUGGCAGCAGAAAGAGCAGCUGAAGAGGCGGCUGGCAGAGACUACAUGAGAAGACUGGAUGAGAUCACUUCCAAGUUGAAGAAUAGAUUGACGAUCGCCAAUUGGGACUAUGGAAGUAAUAUUACGGUUCAGAGUGAAGAACACAUGCUUCAAGUAGCACUAGAUGUUGCUGAAGAGGAGAAAGAAAACUGGAAAGAAACAAUGACGUACUUAUGGAAAGAAUUUGAAGACGAAGAUUUGAAGAGAAUGUUUACAAAAUACACACAACUGGGCACAUCAGCUUUGCCAGAGGACUUGAAUCAGAGGUUGUUGCAAGCGAUCACCAACAUGCAGUCGACGUAUGCGAAGGCUACGAUUUGUGACUACAAGAUUAGGACGAAGUGUGAUCUUUAUGUAGAGCCAGAUGUCACGAAUAUCUUCGCAAACAGUGAUGACCCUGAGGAGUUGAAGUACGCAUGGGUGGAGUGGCAUAAGGCUGCGGGUGGACCAUCCAAAGGGAACUUUACCGAAUAUGUACAGAUGGACAACGAGGCUGCUCAUCUUAAUGGAUACGACAGCGUUGCUGAGUGGUGGCUCAGCGAGUACGAAUCUUCAGACAGCGAGGAGCAGUUCGCUACACUCUGGAACCAAAUCAAACCCCUGUACCAACAGAUCCACGCGUACGUGAGAGGCAAACUGCGAGCCAAGUAUGGGGAGAAUGUGGUGUCGGCUAGAGGGCCUAUUCCAGCUCAUUUGUUAGGUAACAUUUGGGCACAGACCUGGACCAACAUUGAAAAAUACGCCAAACCCUACCCUGAUAAACCUGACGUAGAUGUAACGGCUGCAUUGAUCGAACAAAACUACACUCCAUUAAAGAUUUUCAAGACUGCCGAAGAGUUUUUCACAUCUCUCAACCUGAAGGGCUUACCAGAUAUGUUCUGGGAUAAGUCCAUCAUUGUGAAGCCGGACGAUGGGCGAGACAUGGUGUGCCACGCUUCGGCUUGGGACUUUUUUGAUGGCGAGGAUUUCAGAAUUAAGCAGUGCACAGAAGUGACCACCGCGUUUUUCAAGACUACCCACCACGAGUUAGGACACAUACAGUAUUACUUGCAAUACAAAGACUUGCCGGUGGUAUACAGAGAAGGAGCUAAUCCAGGUUUCCAUGAAGCGAUUGGUGACGUCAUAGCCCUGUCUGUAUCAACUCCGAAGCAUCUUAGAGUGGUAGGUCUGCUGAAGGAUGAGACCGAUGACGAGGAAUCUGAGAUUAAUCAGCUAUUCAAAAUGGGUCUUGACAAAAUAGUCUUCCUUCCCUUCGGCUAUCUCCUAGACUUGUUCCGCUACGCCGUUUUCCGAGGUUACACUAGUUCUAGAGACUACAACUGCCACUUCUGGCAGUUAAGAGAGGCCCUGCAGGGAGUGGAGCCUCCAGUGACUAGGACUGAAGAUGACUUUGAUCCGGCAGCGAAGUACCAUAUUACUGCUGAUGUUGAGUACAUGAGGUACUACAUCUCGUAUAUAAUCCAGUUCCAAUUCCACCGAGCGCUCUGUCAGAUCGCCGGCGAAUAUGUUCCCGGUGACCCCAACAAGUUGCUAUCCAAGUGCGAUAUCUAUAAUAGCACGAAGGCUGGUGAAGCUUUAGGUAAAAUGCUACAAAUGGGCUCCUCCCGUCCCUGGCCAGACGCCAUGCAAGUCCUGACCGGCCAACGCAACAUGGAUGCCAGCGGUCUCAUGGAAUACUUCCAGCCGCUAUACGAAUGGCUGAAAAAAGAGAAUGAGCGCACAGGGGAGUUUAUUGGAUGGGAAGCCAGUUCUGUCCAAUACUGCACACAGGAACAAUUGAUGGCGCUGCAAGACUCGGACUUUGCAAAGAAACUGGAUACUCUCGGCAAAAAACAAGUGAAAUAA